AUGGCGAUCUCAGAGGCCGGAUCAAGUAGUGAUGCUGCACUAGCAUCACGAGGCGAGUACGAUGUGUUCCUGAAUUUCAGAGGAGAGGACACUCGCUAUGGAUUUACAGACUUCCUCUACCACAGCUUGAAUGAUGCAAGAGUCCACAUGUACAGGGACGAAGAAGAACUCCCUGUCAGUGAAGUGAUUAGCGAGAAACUUAAACAAGCUAUCGAGAACACCAUAAUCUACAUACCCAUCUUCUCUCAAACUUAUGCUUCCAGUAAAUGGUGCCUUCGUGAGCUAGCCCUCAUGGUUGAUAACGUGUCUAAGUUAGAGGGUCGAAAAAGGAUCCUUCCAAUAUUUUUUCAUGUGGAACCUGACAAUGUUAAACUUAAGAAAACACUGUAUGAAGCUGAUUUCAAGAAACAUGAGGAGGAUUUUCGUGAUGAAGUCGAGGCAUGGAAAGGAGCUCUUAGAAAGGUCCUUGGAAUUUAUGGAAUGGGUGGCAUCGGUAAAACAACUAUUGCCAAGGUUGUGUUCAAUCAACUAUGUUCCCAAUUUGGAAAGUGUUGUAGCUUCCUUGAGAGCAUUCGAGAAAGGUCAACCAAGGAGGGCCUAGUCCAAUUGCAAAACAAAUUACUAUAUGACAUUGUUGGUUCUGAAUCUGUAAGAAAAGUCGAGGAUAGUGAAGAAGGAAUGAAGAGGAUUGAAGAAAUACUUAGCAAUAAGAAGGUCCUUGUGGUUCUGGAUAAUGUUGAUAAGAAAGACUACAUUAAGAAACUAAUAGGAAAUUCCAAACUAUAUCCAGGAUCUAGGAUAAUCAUUACAACAAGAGACACAACUAUUCUACAAGUUGAGGGAUUUGAAUUUAAAAUUCAGCAGUAUGAGAUGUUAAAGAUGGAUGAUGUUCUUGCUCUUCGGCUUUUUUGUUGGCAUGCCUUUGGUAGGGACUUUCCUUUUCAUGAUUAUCGUGAGCUUUUGAGUAAAAUUGUCUCAUUAUUGGGAGGGUUGCCCUUAGCUAUUGAAGUGUUAGGUUCAUUACUUAAGGAGACGAAUGAAGAAGAAUUUUGGGAAGAGACAUUGGUCAGGUUAAGGGAAGCACCUGAGGAAGCAAUUCUAGAGAAGUUGAGGAUUAGCUAUGAUAACCUAGACAAAUAUCAACAACAAAUUUUUCUCGAUAUAGCAUGCUUCUUUUUCAAUGAGAAGAAGACCGAUGCAAUGUACAUGUGGGUUGAUUGUCUAUUUUAUCCAAAAAGAGGAAUUGAAGUCCUUACCACAAGGUGCAUGAUAAAGAUAUUGGAGGAUGAAACGUUUUGGAUGCAUGAUCAACUAAUAGACCUUGGAAGGCAAAUUGUCAUUCAAGAGAGUCCAAAUGCCCUUAGAAAGCGGAGUAGGUUGUGGAUUGCAAAGGAGGCCCUCGAAGUCAUAAAAACUAAAGAGUAUUUGGUAGUUGACAAUCUUCUUCACAUCAUUGCAAAAUUUAAUUUCCAGAGGAAGGACAAGGUUGAAGCGCUUAUAUGGAUGGACCGGAUUACCCUGUGGGUGGACAAUAUGCAUUUGGAUCAUCUUGUUGUUUUUAAACUUGAUGCCAGUGGCUUCACAGAUGAUUCAAAAGCAUGGAACUUGAUCAAGAUGCUUGGGUUUAGAGAGGUUGACUCUUAUAGCCUGCUACGAGCUAAAGAGAAUAGAAAGGUUUACUGGACAUCUACAGUCAUUAAUUGA